CUCUGGUGCGCGGCUCCUCGGGGAUAUACGGUAGCUGUAGUUCCGGGUUCGGCUCUCGUUCUUCCGCUCCGGGCUCUGAUGAUCGGUGAUUCCGGGAUCGGAGGCCAGUGAGGUUUUUGGGGUCUCCUAAGUCCGCAGCCAUGCUGGACACCAGUAACCCGCGCCGUCUCCUGGGCCAGAUCCGCUGUGUCCUGGAGAGUAUCGAGUGUUUCCGCCGUGCGGCGCCGCUCCCUGAGGUGCUGUGCUACGUCCCCGGGGAGGUUCUGUACAAGAUCUGCAAGGACCCAAACACCGCGUCCUCCGCCCGCUCCCUGCUCACCGUAUGGGAGGCCCCGGGCUACUCCAAGCAGAACCUCAAGAAGCUGUCCCGAGCCACCGUGGAGGUCCGCAAAGGGAGCUGCGUCCGAGCCACGGGGGAGGAGUACGGCAACGCCAACGGCCUCUGGGUGAAGCUGAGCAAGGAGCAGAUGGAGGAAUACAGAGAGAGCUGUGAGCUGGUGGAGGGCUGGGUGCUGCUGUGCCGCCAGGAUGAAGGUGGCGACCGGCUGGUGCCCAUAGAGUCACCCGACAAAACCUCCAGACAGCAGCAGAUAUUCGGGAUAGAUCACAAGCCCCUCAGCAGAAAGCUGCUGCUGACGGUGGACUCCACGGAUGAGAACUACAUGCCCAAGAGGGUGGUGGUCUACGGGGGUGAGAGGGACUCCCUGAGGAAGCUCAACGACGUCCUCAUAGAGGACAGCCUCAUCGGAGACGUUUGUGUCCUGGAUGACAUGACGGUUCAUAUGCCGCUUAUUGAGAUCCGAAUCACAGAGUGCUUUGAUGAAGGGAUCGAUGUGCGGAUCCGCGGGAUAAAGAUCAAAUCGUCUAAGGAGCGGCACCCGGGGCUGACGGCCGACAUGUUUCACCCUCCCAACCUGGUACGAUACCCGCGACUAGAAGCAAUUGAUCCCGACAUCCUGUACCGAAGAGCCGUGGUGAUUCAGAGAUUUGUCAAGCUGCUCGACAAUGUCCUCCAUCACCUCGUACCCGUCUGGGACCACAGUAUCGGUACCUUUAACCAGCUGAAGCACAUUAAGCAGUUCCUGCUCCUGUCCCGCCGCCGCUGCCCGCUCAUCACCCAGUGCCUGAAGGACUCUGAGACCAGCAAACCCAACUUCAUGCCGCGCCUGUACAUAAACCGUAGGCUGGCGGUGGAGCACCGCGACAACCCCGCCCUGGACCCCACUUACAAGAAGACCGUGUUCAGCCAGGUGUAUGAAGGCCUAAAGCCCACAGAUAAGUCAGAGAAGCCGCUGGAUUACCGGUGGCCGGUGCGUUACGACCAGUGGUGGGAGUGCAAAUUUAUUGCUGAGGGAAUCAUUGAUCAAGGUGGAGGUUUUCGUGACAGUCUGGCCGAUAUAUCAGAGGAGCUCUGCCCCAGCUCUGCCGAUUCUCCGGUGCCGCUGCCGUUUUUCGUGCGCACGUCAAAUCAGGGGAACAGCACCGGGGAGGCACGGGACAUGUACGUACCCAACCCGUCCUGCAGGGAUCUGGCAAAGUACGAGUGGAUUGGGCAGCUGAUGGGCGCAGCUCUGCGGGGCAAGGAAUUCCUGGUCUUGGCAUUACCCGGCCUCAUAUGGAAGCAGCUGACUGCGGAGGACGUGAGCUGGAGCAAAGAUUUCCCAGCUGUCGAUUCCCUACUGGUGAAGCUACUGGAGAUGAUAGAGUUAAUGGAUAAGGAGACAUUUGAGUUUAAGUUUGGCGGAGAGCUGACAUAUACCACGGUGCUGAGCGACCAAAAGAUGGUGGAGCUGAUACCUGGAGGCAGCAACAUCUCAGUGCGCUACGAGGACCGUAUGGAGUUCAUCCGAAUGGUGCAGAAGGCGCGACUGGAGGAGAAUAAAGAGCAGAUUGAUGCCCUCCAGGCUGGGCUCUUGAAGGUGAUCCCACAGGCUGUAUUAGAUCUCCUCACGUGGCAGGAGCUGGAAAAGCGAGUCUGUGGGGAUCCUGAGAUCUCUGUGGAUGCCCUGAAAAAGCUGACCCGGUUCGAGGAUUUGGAGCUGACUGACAUCCGAGUUCAGUAUUUUUGGGAGGCGCUAAAUAACUUCACAAAUGAGGAUCGCAGCCGCUUCCUCAGGUUUGUCACUGGUCGGAGUCGUCUCCCGGCACCAAUUUACAUCUAUCCAGAUAAAUCUGGCUCUGACACUACAGACUCCCUCCCUGAAUCCUCCACCUGCUCCAGUACUUUAUAUCUGCCCAACUACCCAAGCGCCAAGAUCUGCGAAGAAAAGCUGCGAUACGCUGCGUACAAUUGUGUGGCCAUCGAUACAGACAUGAGCCCGUGGGAGGAGUAAAAUGGCGGCAGAUUGCAUGCUCAGAGAACCGCGCUUUAUUUAUGUUUAUGAACUGAUUGCUGAUGCUCCGAAAAGAUGUCCCGGCCACCGCAGUGAUUGUGCUAUUUUUUUUAUGGUUCUGACUGCAUCCUCUGAAAUACAAGAACUAAAUGCAAA